AUGAUUCGUGUUGUGAACGCUUUCCGGUCGGGUGUGGAGCGAAAUCAGGCGCCGCCGGCACUCCUGCGCCGGGCGUCUCUGGAUAUUCGUGUUGUGAACGCUUUCCGGUCGGGUGUGGAGCGAAAUCAGGCGCCGCCGGCACUCCUGCGCCGGGCGGCCCAACUCAAGUCUCAAUCGCUGGACGCGGGCUCUUCCACUUUCCCGCCGUCACAGUCGUCACAAGCCGUGCACCAGACGGGAGGGGCGGCCACCGCUGCUGUGCCCCCGAAAGGCCCCCUAUCGACGAGCGCCAGUCUCGACGAGAAGGAUAAGCAACAGGAGCUCCGGGCGAAGCGGUUACCGAAAGGCCACACAAUAACCGACUCGAAUCAGAGCGUUGAGACAUCGGUAUGA